UUUUUGUCGCCGCGGAACAGGGUGAAAGCCAUUUGAGACGAUGCGUGCUAGGCCAAAUCCAACAAGAGGAGAACAAGGAAGGAAGAAAAGUGAUUCCUUUUUUCGAUUUCCAUGCGCCAUGCUCCGCAGCGCUAAACUCCUUGAGGGGGAAGAUCUUUCUUCUGCUUGAGUUUUGCUUGAAAACGAGUGGAGGAAAUCUGAUUGAAGCGUAACAAUGGGGGCGGAGCCGUGGAUACAGAAGAUGAAGAAGAAGAAAGGGGGGCGGGAUCCACUGAAACACAGUGAAGGUUCUGUUUCGGUUAUCGGCAUCCUCUCCUUCGAGGUUGCCAACGCGAUGUCACGCGCCGUCCAGCUCCACCAUUCUCUCUCCGAUGUCGAAAUCUCCAACCUUCUUGACCAGAUCCUCUCCUCCGCCGCUAUCCGCUCUCUCAUCUCCCCUCACGAACCGCACCUGCUCGCCCUCACCGUCGCCGAGAAGCUCGACGAACUAAAUCGCGUUGCGGCAAUCGCUUCCCGGCUUGGCCGACGCUGCUCUCUCCCCGCUCUCCAAGGCUUCGAGCAUGUCUACUCCGAUUUACUCGCCGGUCGAAUCGACCCCUCGACUCUCGGUUUUCUCUCCCGCGACAUGGACGGCACCGUUCGCAAGAUGGAGCGGUUCGCUUCAUCCACUGCUGCUCUCUACACCGAGCUCGAAGCCCUCACAGAGCUGGAGCUCUCCGCCAAGAAGUUUCCUCCCACGCCAGCUAACGAACAUAACCGCAAGGUGUUCGAUCAAAGGAUUCAGUGGCAGAAGCAUGAUGUCAAGCAGCUUCGUGAUUCUUCUCUUUGGAAUCAGAGCUACGACAAAGUCGUCCUCCUUCUUGCUCGCGCUGUUUGUACGAUUCAUUAUCGGAUCUGUCAGGUGUUUGGGGACUCCAUUUUGGAGUUGGAGAACAUAUCGGCUAAUGAAAGUCGACAGCUUUCUGGCCCCAUUGCUGCAUUCCGUCAUCUCCCUUUGAAUUCUGGUUUUCUCAGGUCCGAAGCUGGAGAUUACAGGUCAGGCAAGAUCCAUAAAUCUUCCCCCAUGGCGGAACCAGGUGGAAAUCUGCAUCGGGAAAGUCUCAAGUUCAAUUGCAGGGCUAAUCCUGGGAAGUUCUUCAUGGAAUGUCUAAGCUUGAGCAGCCAUGCUUCAUGUAAUGAGAGCGAGGAGCACCCUGAGGAACAGAGCUGUGUUAUCCAGAGUAGGACUGGUUCUCUUCUUCCUUUCUGUGGAGAGGAGAAAGGUAGCAUUAGGGGAAGGACUGGAAGGCCAAGGUUCGGUCCCAAGAGUAGAUUAACAAUGCUUGCAUCUUCUUCCACCAUUGGUGGUUCGUCUCUUGCUCUGCAUUAUGCCAAUAUCAUAAUUAUCAUAGAAAAGCUUCUUAGUUACCCCCAUCUAAUUGGAGAUGAGGCGAAGGAUGAUCUCUACCAGAUGUUACCUGCAAGCUUGAGGGCAGCUCUAAGGAAGAGCCUUAAGUAUUAUGUGAAGGAUCUGUCAAUAUAUGAUGCUUCUCUUGCCCAUGAUUGGAAGGAGGCAAUAAGGAAAAUAUUGAGCUGGUUCUCUCCCAUGGCACAUAAAAUGAUUCGGUGGCAGGCGGAGCGUAAUUUUGAGCAGCACCAAAUUGUUCUGAGAGGGGGUGUUUUACUUCUUCAGACACUUUAUUUUGCUGAUAGGGAGAAGACAGAGGCUGCUAUAUGUGAGCUUUUAGUUGGUUUAAAUUAUAUCUGUCGGUAUGAGCAACAACAGAAUGCUUUGUUGGAUUGUACAAGCAGUCUGGAUUUUGAAGAUGGUAUUGAUUGACAGGUGUAGUGGUGAACAUAAUCAUACUAAGAAUUCCGGUGAAUUUGUUUUGAGAUUUGAUUUAUUUUUCUUAAUCCUCAUCAAAUGUCUCUCCUUGGUGAGGCAUACAGUAGCUAUUGGUGGUCCAAAGAGGUAUAACAAUUGUAGCUUUCUGUAUAUAAAUUAUUGAGAUAUGUAAUUUUGGCUGAUGAAGCUGGACAAAUUCACAAGCUAUUCUGAUUUGUGAUGGCUUCUAUGUUUUCAUAAAAAAUAGCAUAAAUGAUAUUGUGAGAUGACUGUGAGUUUGACCAGCUUUGUUUGCCAGAAUAGAUUAUCUAGUAGUUUCCUUCUGGUGUAUAGACCAAAGCUAGAGGUUUUGGGUUAAUGAAAAUUUAUGUGGGUUAUGGUU